GCGUCCGGGUAUCUAUCUGGUCCUCGAUCCCUAGAGAGGACGGCCUUCCGCGAGCAGAACGGAGAGGAUGCUCGCCAAGCGGGACGAGGCAGGGUCCUCUGCCAAGGACCUUCCUGCUGGUUGGUAUGCGAAAGGACCUGGCCUGCUGCUGAUGCUGCUGUUCGACUUGCGGCCGUCCCACUGUUGGUUCCGAGACCUAAGUGAGUGUCUAGAGUUCCUGCCGCUGCUCGACGUUGUGUCCAUGCGUCACCUUUUCUCCUCUCGGGAGGGAACAACUCCAUCUCUCUGUGGCGCUCGAUUCUGACAAGACUGUUUGUGGACGACAAGGCGAAACGAGUGUUUCUGACAGUUUGACUUGGCGCUUCCUUGUUCGUUGCAUCACCGCUUUUCCGAGCCAGACUGAUCGCGGGGUGACGAGAAAUUGCCUGAAAUGCUGACUCCCCUUUUUCAGCUCUCAAAUCGCUUUUAAUCGAGUCUUAUUAGGCAGUCUUAUUAGGAAAGGUGAUGCCUCUGUUUUAUCGGUCACCUCGGCCGGAUAGGAGUUUUGUGGAAAAGCAGUGUCAUGCUGUUGAAGAUCCCUGGACUAUUGGAUUUUGUUCUUCUCGACCUUUCUGUUCUUUAUAUCUUUCCCUAUAUCUUCUCCUGGGCCCUUCUAUGCUUUGCGGAACACAUGUCUGCGCCUUGUUUUUGUAAAAGAUAGACGU